AUGCCACAGCUAGAAGACGCUGGCUCGAGCUACAAAUCCAUGCAUUUCAAAGUUUCUCGCCAUCUGACAUCUUCCCGAAGCACCCUUCUUUUGCUCUCUGCAUAUUCUGAUGUUCAAAUACAACCAACUUCCCAAACUCCGUCCAAGAUUUCAAGGUGAAAAUCAAUUUUUGUUUUUGACUGAUUAGGUUUUGUAGAUGACUCUGAUCUCCGGUCUAUGCGCAGUUUCAAAACUGACUUCUCGAGCUAUUUGGCAUCGGAUACGGAUUUUCUGCAAGUGGCCGGUAUUUUGACCACUUACGCUCAUGGUGAGAGCAAUAAUGCGAAUGAAAAAGAGAUUCAGGUCAUUUACACUUUGAAUUAAAGGUAAAUUUGGAAUUUUAGUGCGAUUUACUCACGGAAAAUGGAGGAAUGGAGAUUGACCCAACCAGGCUAUCCUACAAGUUUGUCAUUAUCUGAUCACCCAUGAAAGUUUAUUUUAACUGUUCAGGGAAAGAAUCAGAUGGCACUUACAGCAAUUCUGUUAUAAAACUUCGAGCCACGGCAUACCUAUGCUGGGACAAGCUCCGAAUCAAAUCUACAGGUUGUUUAAUAGUUUUCAUAAGGCACUGACAUCUAUUUUUGCUAUUAAAAUGUUACGGGAAUAUUCAAAAGUUGCAGCUUCUGUUUGAAAAUUGAGCUUUCAUCCGAAUUUAGAGGUGCAUGGAUCAUACUUUUGUUAAUUUGCGCUUCUUCAUUCAUCAAUCAAGCAGUUGCUGUCAUCAACAAAUACAACCGAAUGGACAAAAUUACCGAUAUCCAGUUGAAAUUCGACACGGGUUCUCAAUGAAGAUUUAUUUAUAAUUUCAAAUUUUUAGCUCCAUUUCCGGCGAUCACUCUUUGCAACUUGAACCCCUACAAGGACAGUCUUAUUCGAUCACACGAAAGUACCAGUAAAAUUGUAACUUUGCUUUUUCUCUCCAAGAAAACUUUAUCUUUUUUCCAGCUGGGCGUUUUCAAGAAAGCCAUGAACAAAGCGGGUGGAGGCGAAGAUUCCGAUGUUUCAAUAGAUUGAAGAGUUUAUCACAGUUUACAGUUUCCAGAAAGACUAUGAAAUCCCGGAUUUCACAAUCAAACUGGGUAACCGACGGAAAAAACGAGCAGGUGACAAAGGAUCUUUCGAGCCGGUGAACUUUGAAUCUUUUUUUUCCGUUUUUAUGUACCGUUUGAAGGCAAACUCGGUCUGCGAGUGUGAAGAUGAAGGCUCUGAAGAGUGUGAGGAGCGAUCUACAGACGUGAGUGAUCUUCUUGUUCGAUAAUUUUUCGUUUUGAAGGAGCCUACAGAAGGCUCUUCGAUGUGUAUUUGUGCCUUUGACCGGCAGACGAACGACGCUUGGCCCUGCCAUCCAAAGGUAACCUAAAAAUGGAUCUAAACUAUAUUUUUUUGUUAGAACUGUUCGAAAAGUUAUGAUCAAAUAAAAAAAAUUCCAUUCACCACUGACUUGAAAUAUUUUAAAGGUUUUCACACAUUUAACAAAAAAAUUUGCAAAAGUAAAAAAUUUGUCGUGAGUUUGUCUCAUGCUAAAAAUGAAUAAGUAUAACCAGUAGAAAAAUUAUUUUAAUUUGAAAUUUUAGGAAAAAUGGAGCAACACUACUUGUCAGACAUGUGAUGAGCAUUUCCUCUGCAGCAAAAAAGCAAAAAAAGGUUUUGUGAACUUUAAAACGAUACACUUGCAAGCUCUAACCAGCGCUCUCACAGAAAAAUAAGAAUAACCUAGUGAAAAAAAAAAAUCAAAAAACGCGCUAGAUCGAUUUCGAUUUGGCUGUGGAAUCCCUUUUUAAAAAAGCCUCUGAAAAGUCAUUCAGGAACAAGAAGGAAGGAUAUUAACCCCGUUUCGUGUAUUUGCGAGAGCCGCGGGUUGUUCUGCAUCAAACACGACCAAGUUGGUCGAAAUUUCCUGCCAAACAAAAAUAAUAUUUAUUAGGUAACCGCGCUGCUCAACCUUUGGGAAUAUUUCGGUAAAGACGAAGUUUUUGCUGACGUCACUGAUGAGGAGGUCGAAGCUCUUGGUUUUACAGUAAGUAGAUUCAGAAAAACUUCAAAAAACCUUUUCACAGAACAUGACAGACGAAGUGGCGAUUGUCACGAAAGCCAAAGAAAACAUUAUUUUCGCGAUGAGUGCGCUGAGCGAGGAACAAAGGCAUAAAAUUAGUUCUUAA